CCAGGAUAUUUUGUGGUGGGAGAGAUGAAAAAGAGAAUUAAAUGAAAGGGAUGCGAGAAAGAAGUUUUUUUAAGUUCACGCGGGCGCAGGACAAACUUGAUGAUAAGUAGGCAUUAUGGAACGUAAAAAAUUUAAUUAAUAUUGUGAAUACCUGUAACGAGUUCUGUGUUUUACUUCGUCAAAUAAUAGACCAAAAAUAUUAAAAUAAUAAAAUUUAUUUUAAAAAAUUGAAAAUAAUAAUAAAUAUAUUAUGAGAUCUUAUGACGGUGAAAGCAGUUCAGGUGAUGAAGAUGAUCGUCGUGAUAUACUUGCGGAUAAUAAUUUAAAUCAAGGAACAUGGCGUGGUUCAACACAUCCACCAUGGGCAUGGGAACAUCGUCAUCAACUGCAAAGUCAAUCAAAUGCUGGUGCAUCAUUGGAAUCAAUAGCUGGAUACUCAGCACCACCACCACCACCACCAUCAGCAGCACAUCCAGCUCUAGCAGUAUCUUCAACGGGUUACUCUGGGUCUGAUCAUUCACAAAAUCAUGGGCGACGAACUCCAUUGGGUACAGUAGGUCUUGGAGGAUUUUAUUUUCAACAACAGCCACAACCACAUACUUCUUCUAGUGCUUUGUCAUCUGAUGAAAAUCGCCCUGAUCAAGAAAGACCUACAGGAUCACGUUUAAAUUGUCCUCCAAAAUCUAAAAGUUCACGUCAAGGAAAAAGCGUCAGAUUGAAUAUAAAUGCUCGUGAGCGUCGAAGAAUGCAUGAUUUAAAUGAUGCGCUUGAUGAAUUACGUUCAGUUAUUCCUUACGCUCACAGCCCAUCCGUAAGAAAAUUAUCAAAAAUCGCAACAUUACUAUUGGCUAAAAAUUAUAUUCUUAUGCAAGGUAACGCAUUAGAAGAGUUGAGAAGAGUAAUAGCAGUACUUCAAUCGCCUCAUGCACAUACAACGGCAUUACCCCCUACGCCAGUUUCAUAUGAUUUACUUCAAGGAUUUCCAGGUAAACUAUUUCAAGAUGUACCAGAAUUGCAAGGUCUUCAUGCAUUAAAUACAUCAGGAAUAAAUGCGGCUGGUCCUCUAAAUAACAGAACAGUAUCUACUGCAGAUAUAAGUAUAACUGGUUCAGAGUCAACUUAAGAAUUAACGAACAAGUAUUUUUUUAUUUUCUGUUUCCAUAAUUCUAUUUAGAAAAAAAAGAGAGAAAGAAAAAAUUA